UAAUUAUUUUCGAGCUGUCAUUUAUCGUUAACCUUUCUCCGUCAUAAUAUUUCGGAUACUACAUUUACUAAUUUUACUAAAAUAUGCCUACAGAAAUUGAAAAUAUAAACCCUAAUGUGUAUGGCAAACGCAAAGAGCGAGAACUAACUGCCAAUGAAGAGAAUGAAAAUGUGCCGGACCCAUUCGAUUCUCGUGAAAUAUUUGACCUCAUUCGUAACAUCAACGAUCCCGAACAUCCACUCACACUGGAAGAAUUACAUGUGGUGCAAGAAGAUCUAAUUCGAGUUAAUGACAAGGAAAAUGAAGUGAAUAUUAAGUUUACACCUACAAUUCCACACUGCUCAAUGGCUACUCUAAUUGGUUUGUCCAUACGUGUGAAGCUCCUGCGAUCGUUGCCGCCUCGUUUCAAAGUAAAUGUAGAGAUAACGCCAGGAACGCACGCAUCAGAGAAUGCCGUGAAUAAACAGCUUGCAGACAAGGAACGCGUAGCGGCUGCACUGGAGAACAAACAUCUAGCUGAAGUCAUCAAUCAAUGUAUCUCAUCUAAAGCAUGAAGAAACCUAAGGUUUUGUCGUUAUUUUCUUCAUUCUUUAUUUUACAUUUUUAAGUGUUUAAUUAGUAAAACUAAAGUAUACCAACUAAAA